CAGUUCUGAUGCUACUUGCAAGCAGCACAUUUGGAGGAGCCUCAGCAAGGUGCACAGAUGAUGAAUGAACCCUAUGGCCCUGAGGCACCCCGUCCCAUCAGCAGCACAUCUCCUGGCAUCAUGAAAAUGUUCAUGGGCUUCCUCACUGUAUUUAUUGUAGUGCAGACCAUUGGGACCGUGCUCUUCUGUUUGUAUCUUCACAUGAGGAUGGAUAAGAUGGAAGAGGUGCUGACCUUAAAUGAAGAUUACGUCUUCCUAAAGAAAGUACAGAAAUGCCAGACAGCAGAAGGUCAGAAGUCAACAUUAUUGGACUGUGAAAAGAUUAUAAAGGGCUUCCAGAACAUCCAGUGCAAGGACAGAUCCCUCAAGGAGCAGCCCAAAUUUGAAAUGCAGAGAGGUCCUGAGCACCAUGAGCAUCCACGUUUGACACACAAGAAUGAGACAUCUCUGGCAGCAGAGAAGAGGGAGCCAAUUGCAGUUCAUCUGGCAGGUCAGCAGAGCAACAAGGCAGGCUCAGUGCUGGAAUGGAAGGAGACCAUGUAUGGCCCCACAAACAGCUUAAUAUCCAACAAGGAGGGUAAACUGAAGGUGGAGGAAGCAGGACUCUACUACAUCUACUCCCAAGUCAGCUUCUGCACCCGGGAACCUUUGGCACCCUUCACCAUCUAUAUUUAUUUGCAUAUCCCCAAGGAAGAGGACCGGCUCUUGCUGAAGGGACAAAAGACACAGAGCACCGUGAAGUCCCUCUGUGAACUCCAGUCCAUCCGUGUGGGAGGUGUCUUCAGCCUCCGGGAAGGUGACAUGGUCUUUGUCAAUGUGACAGACUCCACAAAAGUGAAGUACAGGCACGGCAACACCUACUUUGGCAUCUUCAAGCUGUAGUGAGGAAAAGGCUGCCCUGAGCUGGGAAUCCAGCCCAACUUUCUUGAGCAAAGUGCCUUUCCCUUUUUCCCUUAUUUAUGUUCCUUUGCCUCUCUGUUUUUCUUGUUUCUUAAUUUGUAUAUUUUGUUAUUUAUUAAUGAGGCCCAAAGGGCCCUGAGAACACAAAUGGAACAAAGUUUGAAGCUGUUA